AUGGAUUUUCCUCAGCCAAAUGAACUUUUCUUAUUGGAACAUAAUUAUGCAUUACCCCGCUUGGAAAAUGUUGAAGAUGUUGAGCAUGCUAAAAGGCAAAGACAACAUCAUCUUGAAAUUGUACGACGAAGGAGGGCCAAUGAAUCUUUGCAACAGGCUCAGCAGCGUAGAGCAGCAGAUGCUCUAGGCCAAAAUGCAAGACGAGCAGUAGAAAAUGUUGCAGAUGCAAAUGCACGACAGCAUGCUGAUGCACAACGUCAUCGUGCAAAUAGAGAAAAUGAAUUACCUCAGCAAGCUGCAGUAAGACGCAGGGCAGAUGUUUUGCGUCAUCGAGUAGCUAGGGCUCCACGUUUACUAAAUUUAGCUAGGAUUAACAAUGUUUUACCUCCUACACAUUCUGCAGGUGAGUUUAAUAUAGUAUGUAAGCAUUGUGGAGCUAUUCAAUUUAAUAAUGAAAAUCAUUUUAAGUGUUGUCACAAUGGCAAAGUGGCCCUGCGUGCCAUAUUACAAUUUCCUGCUGAAAUACGUGAAUUGUUAAGCAACGACUCUGCCCAAGCUAAACAGUUUCGUAAGUAUAUCAGAGUAUACAAUAAUGCUUUUAGUUUUGCUUCUUUGUUACCAAACAUUCGACCACCGCCAGGUCGUGGACCACCCUGUUUUAGAAUAUGUGGUCAAUUAUUUCACAGGUAUGGUGCUUUAUUACCUGCUCAGAAUGAACUACCUAAUUUUAGCCAAUUGUAUAUUGUAGAAGCUGCAGCUGCCUUAAACAUGCGUAUUGAGAAUCCAACACAUGCUCAUUGUAAUCGCGAAACAAUGCAGAUAAUUCAAGAUGUUCUUAACAGGGAUUCUCCAUAUGCUGCAGCUUAUAGCAAUAUGGCUGAAGUGGAACGUGAAGAAACAGCCAGAGUAGCUGCGAAAAACAGACAGCCUUCUGUUGUAAGUAUGGUAAUGCGAGAGGGUAAUGAUCGCAGAAGGUAUAAUGCCCCCUUGCAUCAGGAAGUUGCUGCCAUCUUUGUUGGUAAUGAUGGUGCACCUCCUGCUGCAAGAGAUAUCGUGUUUAUCCACGUAAUCAACCUUUGCGACAAAUCCCUUAUACAUCAUGCAAUAUUGAUCCUAUAA